UCGGAAUGCUCUUCACAUAGCAAAUAUGGAGUCAAAGCCCAAUUGGAGGUCGACUCUAGCAGCUGCAGAUCGUUAUGAGAAUAUAGAGAAACUGACGAAGAGCAUCAAGGCGAAAGGACUGAGCUCUACGGGUACAGCACACAAAUCUGCGUUCACGAUAGAAACAGAAGCCUAUAACACUUCUCAAUCUAGAGAAUCAUACGAUGAAGCCUGUAAUGCUGUCAUCAACGAGUCUCCAACAGAUCUCUCACAUCCAGAGCCAGAGCCAACAAGCCCCGGCAUCCAAAUAGGCAAAUACCAAAACUGCCACCAUAUAGCCUCAGGCCUAGUGGCAGAAGUAUAUCAUUCCAAAACUGUAGCACUCAAAGUCAUCACCGAAACCCACAAUGUCGAGCCACACAAUUCAGUACGAGAAGUCAAGAUCCUGAGCUCUCUGUCCCACCCGCGUAUCAUCACCCUCAACGAAACAUUCAAGGACGAAGAAGGUCGACUUGUCCUUGUCUUCCCCUUCAUCCCUCUCACUCUCGCUAAAGUCAUCGGCUCUGGUGCAGUCCCAGAGGAAGUCACUAAGAACUGUUUUCGUGACCUUUUCUCGGCAUUAGUUUACCUCCACGCAAACGGCAUCAUCCACAGAGAUAUCAAACCAUCCAACCUCCUCCUAGCAUCAAAAACAGGACCAGCCUACUUAUCAGACUUUGGCACAACAUGGCAUCCGAUGUUCUCUGCCACCGAUGAGCCGCCUCAUCACAAAGUCCUUGAAGUAGGUACGACCUGCUACCGUGCCCCCGAAACACUCUUCGGAAACCGAGCCUACGAUACCAGUCUCGACAUGUGGGCUGCAGGAACGAUGUUGGUAGAAUGUCUACGCAAGCCCCCGACAAGUCUCUUUGAGUCAAGAGAGACUUCGGAAGACGGAAACCAGCUAGGGCUGAUUCUCAGUAUUUUCAAGAUCAUUGGGACGCCAACGGAGGAGGUCUGGCCCGAGGCGAAGAACUUCUCAACGCCACCUUUUAAAUGGUACCAAGAGUUUCCGGGCAAGUCAUGGGAAGAGUUGCUACCGGAUAUUAGUGAGAGUGCAAGGGAUCUAGUGAAGAAAUUGGUGUGCUUUGAAAGUGGAAACAGGGUAACGGCUGCAGAUGCUUUGGUACAUGAAUAUCUCAACAUACACCAAGUAGAAUGAAUGAAUUCUUCCAAAAGUAUACUCAGCAAGCGAAACCUACUCGUAUUGCUUUUCAUCUCAUCGAAACGAUUCCUGCUACGCUGGACAGUCAAGAAGCGUUGUCCUUUCAACACUCCAAGACUUUUGCACAAUGACAAGAGUUAAUGCACUUUCAGAAGCAACAUUAAAGCAAUAAGGUGGUAUUUUAAUGCAUUGAAAGUCCAUUACUGAGCACGUCAAGAUCUGAUUCCCGCCCUCAACCACUGACCAGCAGAAGUCCCAUUCAACUCCAAUGCAAAACCAUAUCACCACGCCACCUAUCCCAUAGACCUGAGAAUCAAACCCAAAAUAGCCUCCAGAAGAGUAUUAAAUAUUUGCCACCAACCAUUCCGUCAGGUACUUUGGAAGAGGCUCAGCCCCCAUCAUCGCAUCUCAAUCCUCUCCGCCAUUCACAGCCCACCACCUCUCACCUCCCCAAUCCCAAACCCAUCCCCAAAUCUAGCGCCUACAGAAGCACUGUCGACUAGUACAACUCUUCCCAUCCGGCGCUGGAUGACUGUAGAACCCACCAUUGUCCGAGCACGAAGCACCAUAGACGGAUGCGCAGACUGAGGCGGGGAGACCAGAGUGGCAGACGAGUGUUGUUUGGGCUUCGGAAUUGAUGUCGGUUGCGGGGGAAACGGAGGUGUCUUCUGUGGUGGGGACAGCGGUGGGAAGGCUAAGCGUAAGGGUGAAGAGGAGGGUGAGGACAAGAGUGAGGAGCUAGCGGCGUUAGUUAUUGAGUGAGAUCCUGGGUUUUGGAGCGUGGGUAAAGGGAGAAGAGAGGAUGCGUGACGGUGACGAGCUUACCUCGAACUUCAUAUUUGUGAUAGUGCUUGGAGAUUUUCGGUCUGAUUGUUGUCUACCUUUCGCGUCUUUUGAGGGGUUUCGGGUGCAAAGGACAACUUGUGGUAUUUGGAUGUGAGCAGGAAGAGUUUGUUGAUGUGGUGCGGACACAGAGACCAGGAAAAUCUUCUCCAAAAUCGAAUUACAGGCGUCCUUUAUAUAUCCUCGAGGCCUCAUCAAUCAAGUGAAUGUCCCUCAUCUCUACCUACACGAUGUC